UUGUUUCCUAAGCUAUGGAUGGGAUAUUGGCCCUGCUUCUAUGUAAACAAUCUUGAAUGUCCAUUUGAUAGGCUAUUGAUCAGGUGCAUGAUAUUGGGUUUAAGGGUGUAGAAUUCCAUCCUCGGUAGCUAAGUGGGGCCCACCGUGACGUUUGUGAGAAAUCUUUGCCAGCUCAUGAGGCUGGGCCACACGGCAAGAAGCAAUGGGAAAGAAAUGCCCACCGUUGAAACCUUCCAAGAGUCCACUUUGAUGUUUAUAUUUCAUCCAAACCGUUCAUAAGGUAAUCUAAACCGUUCAAAAGGUCAUUCUUAUGAUGAACUGAAAACACAAAAAAAUAUUAGCAUGAUAUAAACUUCUGUGGCCCUAUGAAUGUUUCAACGGUGCACGUUCAAUCUUCACUGUUCCUGUGGUGUGGCUCACUUGAGUUUUGGAUCCGUCUCGUCUUUGGUCUCAUGUCUUAAAAUAAACUGGGAAAACGGAUGGACAGGGUGGAUUUCUCACGAACAUGACGGUGAGUCCCACCUAGCUUUCGAUCGCACCAACAAGGAACCUUUUAUUUUCGCAACGGCUAUAAUUUUCUCUCAUAAUCUUGGAUGAGUGUUAAAAAAUCAUCAUUCUCUCUCUCAUCAUUUUGAAUGAGUGUAAGAAAAGCGCUGUAAUUUCAAAACGGACCUUUUACAUGCGCAAACGGCUAUAUGAAAGGUGCCAUUGCAAGCCUCAUCGACUCUAAUGGCUUCUUCGACUACCGGGCUUGCGGCCAUCUCUUACAGCACUGCGCUAACCACAGCCUCUUAUUCCAGGGAAAGCAGAUCCAUGCCCGGCUCAUCCUCCUCUCGGUCAUCCCCGACAACUUCCUCGCCUCAAAGCUCGUUUCCGUGUACUCCAAAUCCGGCGAAAUCCAUCACGCCCGCAAGGUGUUCGAUGAAAUUCCCCACAGAAAUAUCUUCUCUUUCAACGCCAUGCUCAUUGCAUAUUCUUCACAUGACCAGCACUCUGAAGCCCUUAGGCUCUUCUCGUCCCUGGCGUCAUUCAAACCCGCCCUUAAACCUGACAGUUUCACCAUCUCCUCCCUCUUGAAAGCCUUGUCGUCGGUGCCACUUCCGCAUCCGAUAUUGGGUAAGGAGAUUCAUGCUUCUGUGCUUCGGCAUGGCUUUGAUUCUGAUCUAUUUGUCACCAAUGCACUGGUUACAUUUUAUGCGAGGUCUGGUGAUUUGGACUUGGCUAGAAAGGUAUUUGACGGAAUGCCUGAUAGGGAUAUUGUGUCAUGGAAUGCUAUGAUUUCUGGGUAUUCUCAAAAUGGAUACUGCGAUGCAUGCUUGAGAUUAUAUCAAGAAAUGGAAGGUUCGACAAGGUUGCAGCCUAAUGGGGUUACAGUGGUGUGUGUGUUGUAUGCUUGUGCAGAGCUGAAGGAUCUUGCUUUUGGGAUGGAAGUACAUCGUUCUGUUGUCAAGAGCAGGAUUGAGAUGGAUCCUUCGGUUUGUAAUUCUGUCAUUUGUUUCUAUGCUAAAUGUGGGAGUUUGGAUUAUGCCCGUUCAUUGUUCGAUGAAAUGAUGGAAAGAGACGUGGUUAGUUAUGGUGCGAUGAUUUGUGGAUACAUGACCUAUGGGUUUGUUGACCAAGCGAUGGAUCUCUUUCGACAAAUGGAGAGCCCAGCUUUGAGCACAUGGAAUGCUACAAUUUCGGGUUUGGCUCAGAACAACCGCCACUCUGAUGUUCUGGAACUCAUCUCUGAAAUGCUUGCCGCUGGUUAUAAACCGAAUUCCGUUACACUAGCAAGUGUUCUUCCCACCUUUUCAUUUUUUUCAAACCUCAGUAGCAGCAAACAAAUUCACUGUUAUGCCAUCAGAAACGAUUGUGACCGAAAUGUCUAUGUUGCGACUGCUCUGAUUGAUACCUAUGCUAAAGCUGGAUUUCUUCGUGGGGCCCACCAGGUUUUUGCGAUGACCAAGGGUAAAAGUGUCAUCGUUUGGACUGCAAUAAUUUAUGCACAUGCAACCCAUGGCGAUGCCAAUACUGCGCUCACUUUAUUUGGGGAUAUGCUUGCUGCUGGGACCAGUCCAGACCCUGUUACGUUCACGGCAGUGCUGUCAGCUUGCAUGCAUGCUGGGCUGGUGGAGAAAGCUAAGGGAAUCUUCAAUUCUAUGUUGCUGGAAUAUGGAAUCCAACCAGCACUUGAGCAUUAUGCUUGCAUUGCCGGAGUCCUCGCCCGUGCUGGAAUGCUUAAUGAAGCAGUCGAAUAUGUCUGUCAAAUGCCAAUUGAACCAAAUGCAAAGGUUUGGGGGGCAUUGCUGAAUGGUGCAUCAAUUUCUGGGAAUGUCGAGCUUGGGAGGUUCAUCUCUGACCGGCUAUUUGAAAUUGAGCCUGAAAACACAGGGAAUUAUAUUGUCAUGGCUAAUAUAUAUUCGCGAACUAGAAAAUGGGAAGAAGCUGAAAAGGUCAGGGAGAAGAUGAAGAGGCAGGGAUUGAAGAAGGUCCCUGGUUAUAGUUGGAUUGAGACAGGCAAGGGAUUGCAGAGUUUUGUAUCUGGGGAUACAUUGAACCAGAACAGGGAGGAAACUUGUUGGAUGUUGGAGAGCUUGUCAGGGGUGAUGAGAGAACUGGGUUAUGUUUAUGUAGAUGAAUUGGAUGAGGAGAGUGUUGUCAGUUGAAAACGGAAAUUGGAUGUGUGUUCGACAAUUCCAUGGGCCUUAGAAGACGGUUUUUUUUUUUUCUGUACUUAUGUCUUCUUUUGCUCUAACGACGUGAUCGGUUCAUGAGAAGCCUUGGCUUUGAUGCCAAUAAGACUCAGUUAACCUACUCGAGGUGAUUAAUUCAUCAGCGCACCCUGUUAUGGUUACAUAGCCCUUAUGAAUGGUACCAUAACUACAUGGAUUGACACAUCGAAGCUCUAAUAUGAGUCCCAUGACUUCGCUGUCACAGCAUUCCUUAAAUAAUUGUUCAUUUGGUGGGUUUUUACAGCAUCCAAGCACCAUCCAAAUCUGCUACUUGUUGGGUGACUGUCACUGCAUUCCUUAAAUAAUUGUUCAUUUGGUGGGUUUUUGCAGCAUCCAUGCACCAUUCAAAUCUGCUACUUGUUGGGCAAUGCAUUCUUUUCUAUGAACACUCCACCACUGAAUGAUGAACUAUGCUAGUCUUCACCUCCGACCAGAACAAGAGAGAUCACAUGGUCAAGUCGAUACCCUUACCUGCCUUCAUUGAAUUCAUAUCUCCUUCGUCUGGCCAAGAAAGGAGAAAGCCUGGUGAAGUGGGCUGCGUGCUCAAAUGUGCUGUAUGAAGUUUGAAUUGAUGCUAACAACACACUUGGUGUUGCCAUAACAGCCCUCAUACUGAUUUCAAACACUCUCUUUGUGAGCUUAUGAUUAAGGUAAGAUGUCCUGAUGGGCAUUUGUUUCAUACCAACUAUUCAACAUGGUUGGAUGAGUUGUGAAAGAAUUGAAACAAGCAGCGCAGUAUUGUUCUUUGGGAGAAGUUGCUACGCCUAUUGUCCAAUUCGGACAUGGUUGGAUGAGUUGUGAAAGAAUUGAAACAAGCAGCGCAGUAUCGUUCUUUGGGAGAAGUUGCUAAGCCUAUUGUCCAAUUCGGACAUUGUUGGGUUUGUAACUUGGUUGAUGUGGAGGAUGGAAGAUCAAUUAAGAGACAAAAGGAGCUUUCCAUCUAGAAAGAAACUUAACAUCAUGUAGGACAUUUAGCCGCACAACAACAAGUAACUGGAGAGAAGGAUCUUGAGAAUCCAUCAGGCCCAAGGAGUGGUCAAAACUUACUAGAGAAGUACAGAUGUACUGCUUGAAUGCAUCAAGGGGUAUGUAUAGAAGCGUCUGUUUUUGAACAAUAUUAAACAUUCAAAAGUUUGUAUGAAAAAAAAAGCAUAACCUUUUGUUAAA